CGGGGCGCCCUCUCACCCCGCUCAGCUAUGCCAAGUAUGUGCGCGGCGGAGCCGGGGCCGGGCCCGCGGAGCCAGCCCGCCAUGGGGCAGCGCGGCCCGGGGCUGCCGCCGCCGCCGCGCAGGGGGGGCGCCGGGUCCCGCCGGCCGCGGGGCAGCGCCCGCUGAAGGCGGCGGGGAGGCAGCGCCCUGAGGCAUGGCCGAGCCGCUCCGCAGGACGCUCUCCAAGCUGCGGGGCAGGAGGUCCCAGCGAGGGGCGGCGGGCGGCGGGCACCGCCACGGCGGGGGCUGCGCACCGCAGGAUUUAAUAGAAAAUGUUUACAUAGCUUCGAGGAGCAGGAAGGAACCCAAGUCCCCUCAGGCCACCGAGGUCCCCGAGCAUCGGCCGCAGAUGAACAGCAUUACUGUUUCUAAGAAACGCAGCUGGCUGCAGCAGAGCACACACCGACCUCCUCCUCCUCCUCCUCCUCCUCUGGAAGAAGAAGAUGGCUGUAAGGAAGCGCAGGGGUCUGUUAUCCCGGUACCCAAAUCUCCUGUCCCACUGCCUGAGCCCGCGGUGCCGUGGGCUCCUUCCAUGUCGCCGGUGGGGCGGGAGCAUCCCACACAAGCCCUGCCGAGGAGCGCGGCUUUGGACUUCGGUGAGGAUAACGAUGCAGAUGAUGAAGGAGAAAUAUGGUACAACCCCAUCCCUGAAGAUGAUGAACCCAACUUGCCGAGGGUCCGCCUUUCUGCUGUGAAUAGCCCUCUUGCUGUGGGCUCCCUGGGGGGUCGGUACAAAACCCUGCUUGGGGGUGACUUGGGGACAGCCAUGAGUCCCCACGAGGGUCCUCCACGUUCCAUGGAGGGUGUGGGGGACAUUCGGAUGGCUCAGCCCAGCGAAGCGAGUCAGGCAGAUGCUGUGCAUCCUGGGGAGCAGGUGCAGCGGCACCGGCAGAGGUUUGCCUGCAAGGCUGCCGGUGGUCCACCAGUAGAAGACAAUUCUGCCUUCAAGUGUCCUUCAACAGGGUCUGGAGUUGUACUUGCACACAAGACUGACAUACCUUCAACAGAGGUUUCUCCUCCAAGUCCCAGUCCUCUGAAAAAAAGUGGAUCAAUCAACUGGCCUUUCCCCGAUAGAAUUAAAUCUCCCAGGACUGUGAGGAAGCUUUCCAUGAAAAUGAAGAAGCUGCCAGAGCUGAGCAGGAAACUGAGUGUCAAGGGAACUUCAAGCCAUACUAGUUCAGAUAACCCUCCUUCCCUGCUGAAAGGUAGCUGCCGGGAUACAAGCCAUACCGUGUCUUUGCCAUCUUCCGGGAACUCAGCCACCACUGCCAGCAGGAAUGUGAUAAGUCGUUACCAUCUCGACAGCAGCGUGUUGUCGCAGCACACCUACAAAAAGAAAAGCUCGAGGAGCUCCAAGUCCUUCAACAAAGGUGGUUACCUCAGUGAUGGCGACUCUCCCGAACUUAUAACCAAAUCAGGUAAACACGGGCAUGAAACCAAGUGUGGGAAAGGAAAGGAGAGCUUUCCAAGCAACGGUGGUAAAACCGAAAUAGAUAUCGAUGCUUUCAGACACUAUAACUUUUCCGAUCAACCCAAGUGCUCCCAGUACAUCUCUGGACUCAUGAGCAUUCACUUUUAUGGUGCUGAGGACUUAAAACCACCAAGAAUAGACUCAAAAGAUGUCUUCUGUGCGAUACAGGUCGACUCAGUAAACAAAGCAAGAACAGCCCUGCUCACGUGUAGGACUGCAUUUCUAGAUAUGGACCACACGUUCAACAUAGAAAUUGAAAACGCUCAGCACUUAAAGCUGGUGGUGUUCAGCUGGGAACCCACCCCGCGGAAAAACCGCGUGUGUUGUCAUGGAACCGUGGCUCUCCCCACUCUCUUCCGCGUGACAAAGACACAUCAGCUGGCUGUCAAGCUGGAACCGAGGGGGCUUAUUUACGUCAAGCUGUCGCUCAUGGAGCAGUGGGAGAACUCUCUUGAUGGGCUGGAUGCAGAUCGGGAGCCCGUGAUGUUCGGGGUAGAUGCUCGAAAAGUUGUAGAGAAGGAAAACGCGGGCUUGAUGGUGCCACUUCUGAUGCAGAAGUGCAUUCUGGAGAUUGAAAAGAGAGGCUGUCAGGUGGUGGGCCUGUACCGGCUGUGUGGCUCGGCAGCGGUUAAGAAGGAGCUUCGAGAGGCGUUUGAGCGGGACAGCAAGGCUGUUACUCUCUCUGAAAGCCAGUACCCGGACAUUAAUGUCAUAACAGGCGUCCUGAAGGACUAUCUGCGGGAGCUGCCUUCUCCCCUGAUAACCAAGCAGCUCUACGAAGCAGUGUUGGAUGCCAUGGUGAAAAAUCCCUUGAAAAUGACGGCAAGUGGUUGCGAGAAUGACCCGAGUGACUCCGAGCACACAGCAGCCCUUCUGGAUUGCCUGCCAGAUGUGGAGAAGGCUACCCUGAAGAUGCUGUUGGAUCACCUGAAACUGGUGGCUUCUUACCAUGAAGUCAAUAAGAUGACGUGCCAGAAUCUAGCUGUAUGUUUUGGGCCCGUGUUGCUGAGCCAGAGGCAGGAGACCACCAACCAUAACAACAGAGUCUUCACAGACUCGGAAGAGCUUGCUAGUGCCCUGGACUUCAAAAAACACAUAGAGGUUCUUCACUACUUGCUCCAGCUGUGGCCAGUACAUCCCUCGCCUGCCAAAGAACCAGCACACCCGAAUGCGUUUCCCGAGCACCCAUCCUCCCUGAAUUACCUGAGGCCCAAGAGGCAGAGACCUCAGAUGCUGAAUCUGAGCAGCACCGAGAUGUCUGGGGUGCUCAGACCAAGGCCAGCAGGCCUGGACAGCCCAUCGAGCAACCGCUACGCUGGAGACUGGAGCAGCUGUGGGGAGAACUACUUCUUGAACCCAAAAGACUGCCUGAGUGAAGCAGACUAUGACGACGUCCCUUCAGAAGACACAGAGAGUGGGGAUGACAGCGGCAAAGCCGAGGAGCCAGACGCCUCGGUCAAGCACCCGCAGCCCAUCCCCAGGGAGGACACCUUCCAGAGCUAUUUGACAAUGCAAGCAAUAGACUCAGCGGUGGAUCACAGAGCAAACCUCAAAGACCUGCAGGAAAGUAUUGACACUCUGAUAGGAAACCUGGAAAGGGAACUCAACAAGAACAGGCUCAACAUGAGUUACUAAAUGCUGUCCUGCGUGACGCCUCCUCCUAGUGCCUCCGUGCCCCUCGCCGGGCUUCCCACAGCUGGGUGAGGACAGAUGGUGCCCUUGGACACCUUGUGGCAAGGCCACAGCCCACCUUGCGUUAACAAAUUUUAAGCCAUUCCGUUACAUUUCUGCCUUUUUGUUAGAAGAAGGGGUUGGCCUGAUCCUGGUGUUGGAGACAACCUUAGGGACGGUGAGGUGAUUCCACAUAGUGGCGUUUCUCCCGAAAAAUACUGUGCACUUAGGCGGUCUGGGCAAUACCUGGCAGGAGGUAAAGCAACAUCUCUGCUGUCGGCGGCAGCAGAUCUCCCCAUUCCCAAAACCCUAGCUCCGGUACCGAUCAUCCUCUCGGAAGAGGAUGAACGCUGCUUGGCCUGAGUUUUGCAGCAUGGACUUCAGAAAGACUCGUUUUACUAUAUAUGCAAUGGCUGCUAUGAAAAAUGCUUUAUAUAUAUAUAAUAUUUAUAUAUAAAGUUUUAAUUGUACAAAUAUUAAUGUAUUCCUGUAUUAACACUUUUCAAUAAUUAUUUAAACAAGCAAAAAUUAAAUAUUUUUCUAACCUUGUUUGUA